AUGGAGGCUGUGGCUUUGACCCCGCCCAUGGGAGCGGGGACUACCGGGGGUCCACUUCCUUAUCUGUCAGAGCGAGACCCCCGAGACCCCGCUGGGCCCAGACCGGGGGCCAAGGGCCAGGCCAGGCCAGUGUGUGCGACGCACUGGGACCAGGCCAAGCCAGGCAAGUGUGCGACGCACUGGGACCAGGCCAAGCCAGGCAAGUGUGCGACGCACUGGGACCAGGCCAAGCCAGGCCAGUGUGUGCGACGCACUGGGACCAGGCCAGGCCAGGCCAGUGUGUGGACGCACUGGGACCAGGCCAAGCCAGGCAAGUGUGCGACGCACUGGGACCAGGCCAAGCCAGGCAAGUGUGCGACGCACUGGGACCAGGCCAAGCCAGGCCAGUGUGUGCGACGCACUGGGACCAGGCCAGGCCAGGCCAGUGUGUGGACGCACUGGGACCAGGCCAAGCCAGGCAAGUGUGCGACGCACUGGGACCAGGCCAAGCCAGGCAAGUGUGCGACGCACUGGGACCAGGCCAAGCCAGGCAAGUGUGUGCGACGCACUGGGACCAGGCCAAGCCAGGCCAGUGUGCGACGCACUGGGACCAGGCCAAGCCAGGCAAGUGUGUGCGACGCACUGGGACCAGGCCAAGCCAGGCAAGUGUGUGCGACGCACUGGGACCAGGCCAAGCCAGGCCAGUGUGCGACGCACUGGGACCAGGCCAAGCCAGGCCAGUGUGCGACGCACUGGGACCAGGCCAAGCCAGGCCAGUGUGCGACGCACUGGGACCAGGCCAAGCCAGGCAAGUGUGUGCGACGCACUGGGACCAGGCCAGGCCAGGCCAGUGUGUGCGACGCACUGGGACCAGGCCAAGCCAGGCCAGUGUGUGCGACGCACUGGGACCAGGCCAAGCCAGGCCAGUGUGUGCGACGCACUGGGACCAGGCCAAGCCAGGCCAGUGUGUGCGACGCACUGGGACCAGGCCAAGCCAGGCCAGUGUGUGCGACUAACAUCAGUCACUAA